AUGCGUGGAUCUACAAUUGAAAAGAUCGAUUCAACAUCACCAAACACUGCCGGUCAACAGGCGGCGUCUACACAAGGCGACUCUAUUGAGCGGCCUGUGGCAAACGACUUUACGCGCAAUGAUCGUCUGUUUGCAGGUUACUUUGGCAUGACACCGGCAGCCCUGACCAACGAUAGCACUCAGAGACUUAUGCAUUAUGCACCUGUGCCCCAACUUAACAGUCUAGAUACAAAGAGCGGUUGGAAGAACCCCAUGUUUGAGAAUCCAAUGCGUACACAUAUCCCACAGAGUGGUGUAAACACUGGUCGCCCAGUUCACUGGCAACGUGUAACUAUGUAUGACGGAGUCAAGUUCCCCACGGCACCAUAA